GGUCCUUGAAAGCUCGUUUAACAUUAUGUUUUUAAUGGAAGUUGUAAUCACUGUUAUAAGUCUGUGCUUUGUGAUGUUUGUUCUUCUUGUGGUUUCACCAGCUAAAGAUAUUUAUAGUAUCUUCAUUAACAUUAUCUACCUUUUAACACCGACAAUUUUGAUAUUUUUGUACAAUUAUGUUGGCGAAAAUCUGAUUAAUCACAGUAUAGAUAUAGGUGUUCAAGUUUACAAUUCGAAUUGGGAAGAUUGUGAUCCACAAUUAGUUCAAUCAUUAAUGUUAAUUAUUAUUAGAUCGCAAAGGCCAUUGACACUCACGGGAGGGAAAUUUUUUCUCAUGUCACUUGACACAUUUAAAAAUAUUAUGUUGUCAGGCUGGACAUAUGCAACUUUUCUUCAAAGUAUCAAACCGUAAUGAUUAAUAAUAAUGAAUUUCUACUGGUAUUUAAGAAUUAUUUUAUAAGUUCGACUAAAAUUAAUUUUUACUAAUAUUUAUUAUUUGAAUUCUUUAGCAACUUAAAAUGUUGUUAAAACUAAUUUUAACGACUAAUGUAAAUUAAUUUUUAAAAAAUUUUCCAAUUUCCAAAAUUGGCUGACUAAGACUGACUUUCGCUACUAAAAUUUACAUUAACUUGACA